AUGGGGCUGGGAACGGCAGGCUGAACUGGCAGGAGACGCCGAGAGUGCUGCAAAGGACAGCGAGGACACAACUCUGACCCUUCUUCUCUCACAAAAAUGGGCUCAGCUAAGAUGUGUGGACUCCUGGCAGCCAGCUUCCUCCUCCUCACUCUGCUGGGGGAUCCCGCUUCAGGCUGCUCCUGUGCUCCCAGACACCCCCAGACAGCAUACUGCAGCGCUGAUAUUGUGAUCAAGGGAAAAUUCGUGGGUCAAUCCAAGCAGCCUCUGAACAUCUCCGUUGGAGAGGCUAUGUGGACGGUGAUCUAUGAGUUCAAAACCAACAAGAUCUACAAGGGCCCCGAAGAGAUGCAAGACGUUCGUUUCCUCCGCACCCCUGCCAUGGAAAGUCUCUGUGGAUAUGAACACAAGGCCCCUAUGAAAGGAGAAGACUAUGUCGUUGCAGGGAUGCUGGAAGGUGAUCAGAUGAUGAUUACAGCUUGCUCCUUUAUCCAGCCGUGGGCUCAGCUAUCCCCCGCACAGAGGCGAGGCCUGAGUCUGACGUACAGCAAGGGAUGCAACUGCUCGAUCCUGCCUUGCACCUCCGUGCCCUGCUCAGUCACCUCCAACUCUCAGUGCCUGUGGACAGACGGGAUUGUGUCCAGGAUAUGGGAUGACUCCCAGGCCAAACGCAUGGCUUGCUUGCCUCGGUUUAACUCAUCUGACCACUGUGGCUGGACAUCACUCAGCACCCAAGGAAAACUUCAGCGCGCUCACCUGAGCCAGUGA